CAUCCGCCCGGUGCUCAUACGUCAUCACACUGCGACACGGAGCAACACAAGCGCCACAUUUUUUGUUGCGCCGAAUAAUUCCCGAUAUUCGGCCUUCCAAAUCCAAAUGAGGGAUUAAAAAAUUGAAGGUAUAGGUCAGGAAUUACGGUAAUGUACCAUGAGUUUAUUUGGCACAAACUCCGGUUUUGGAACGACGGGAACUGGCGUUUUUGGAAGCGCCACGACUGACACACAUAAUCCCAUGAAGGAUAUUGAAGUGUCUUCUCCACCUGAUGACAGCAUCAGCUGCCUGGCUUUCAGCCCCCCCACAAUGCCGGGGAAUUUCCUCAUUGGAGGAUCCUGGGCUAACGACGUCCGCUGUUGGGAGGUACAGGACAAUGGACAAACUGUCCCCAAAGCUCAACAAAUGCACACCGGUCCUGUGCUUGAUACAUGCUGGAGUGAUGAUGGGAGUAAAGUGUUCACAGCUUCCUGUGACAAGACAGCCAAAAUGUGGGAUCUCAAUAGUAAUCAAGCGAUGCAGAUUGCACAGCAUGAUGGCCCGAUCAAGUCGAUUCACUGGAUAAAAGCACCUAACUACAGCUGUGUCAUGACAGGAAGCUGGGACAAAACACUGAAGUUUUGGGACACCCGCUCUCCCAAUCCUAUGAUGUCUCUGCAACUACCAGAGAGAUGUUACUGUGCAGAUGUAGUGUAUCCGAUGGCAGUGGUGUCCACAGCUGAGCGGGGACUGAUUGUGUACCAGUUGGAGAACCAGCCGUCUGAAUUUCGCAGAGUUGAAUCUCCUCUUAAACAUCAGAGCCGCUGUGUGGCCAUAUUCAAAGACAAGCAGAACAAGCCAACGGGCUUUGCACUGGGAAGCAUUGAGGGACGUGUUGCCAUCCACUAUAUAAACCCUCCCAACCCAGCCAAAGACAACUUCACCUUCAAGUGCCACAGAUCUAAUGGAACCAACACAGCAACGCCACAGGACAUUUACGCCGUCAACGCCAUCUCCUUCCAUCCCGUCCAUGGAACUUUGGCAACUGUCGGCUCAGAUGGUCGCUUCAGUUUUUGGGACAAAGACGCCCGCACAAAGUUGAAGACGUCGGAGCAGCUUGAUCAGCCCAUAACAGCCUGCUGCUUUAACCACAAUGGCAACAUCUUUGCAUAUGCUUCCAGCUACGACUGGUCGAAGGGCCACGAGUACUUCAACUCCCAAAAGAAGAACUACAUUUUCUUGAGGAAUUCUGCAGAGGAGCUGAAGCCUCGGAACAAGAAAUGAUUCUUCGUGCCAAGUCGCAUCUGGUGUGGAGACACAAGACAACCAGAUGCUUUUUGCUUCUGUGUAUGUAUACGCUCAAGAGAGACUCCUUUUCGUCAAAUGCAUGGACCAGCUGCUGUGAUGCGACCUCCAUCCUGGACCAAUAGUGAGGGCAAACUUGUGUAAGUUUAAAAACAUGGAACAUCUGGGAAUGGUUUUCUUUUGUGUCCUUUUUUUUACACCUCUCAAAAGACUGUCCAUUUUUUUAUUUGUUACUCUGUGGUUUAGCUCUAAAUUGAAUUAAAAUGUACAAUAAAGACGUCAGUGCACAUGCGUUAAGAAAAUUGCAUUUUUGUCUGUUCAUCUUGUAUACUUGUUUUAACCACAUUGUCCAGUAGGUGGAGUAGGUUGUCUUUGUAGCUGUUAACUGUAGGUGUCAAUUGAGGUCAAAGAUCUGAGGAAUAAACUAGAUCAAAGAUUGUUCAUACAAGUUGAAUCCUUUUAACCUGGUGAUGCAUAUCUGUGAAAGUGGGGAGGGGGUUGUCAUGGGGGAGUAACAAAGGCCAUGUGCGAAAAGUGAGUUAGGUCUUGGAGCACAAGGUGUGAAUUAAAUGCCAUUUUAUUGAGGGUAUUAGAGUUUCACAUCACUGUGAGUUUGACCCUUGGUACUUAGCAGUGGGACUCAAGUCGCUAAGGGUGGGAAGAUUUUUCUGAGGCUGCACUUCACUGACUCAUCUCAAAAGUGCAUGAGAGCAACUGGCACCACUUUCUUACACCACUUGCCUCUUUGGUGUUAAAUGUAAACCAUCAGUUCAGUGCAGACCCUUCAGUGUUUAACCCUUUCUAGGGCACUCCAACCAUUUUGACUGGAGGGAUGGCAACGAUCAUUUGUCGAAAGAUGAGCUGGAUUUCCCAGUUUAAACGAACUGGACGUCUAUCGCCGUCAACGGCAAGCAAUGUGUUCUAUGGAAUUUAAAUUGGAAAAAAAAAUAUUUUGAGUUUUAUUCACGGCCAUAACCACAGUGUAUUUGUUUUUGUUGAUUU